CCGAUUUUGUCCUAAAUUUGGAUCGUUCAGAGAAUUUGCGUAUUUAGAUCAACGGUUAAGAUCGAACCCUAAUUCUAUGGCCGGCCAUGGGUGAACCCGACCUUGAAUCUCAAAUCCCCAAAAGUAUAGACGGGGCCACGGCAGGAAAGGAAGAGAAAACUACCAAAGUGGAAAGGGGCUACGGUCUUCCCAUGUGGCGAAAAUGUAUCAUACUCUUCGUCGUUAGUUGGAUGACUCUUGCAGUUACCUUCUCGAGCACAUCCCUUCUUCCUGCGACCCCCGAGAUCGCCGAGGAGUUCAACACCACAACCGAGACCCUCAACAUCACUAAUGCCGGCGUUUUGCUGGCCAUGGGCUUCUCGUCGCUUAUCUGGGGUCCCUUGAAUAAUUUGAUUGGCCGAAGGCUCUCGUAUAAUAUCGCGAUCUUCAUGCUCUGUGUAUGUUCGGCGGCGACGGGGGCUGCUGUAGACAUGAAGAUGUUUACAGCGUUUCGAGUGUUGAGCGGUUUGACAGGAACCUCAUUCAUGGUUUCGGGACAGACCAUCCUGGCGGACAUUUUCGAACCGGUUGUCCGUGGUACAGCCGUGGGAUUCUUUAUGGCUGGAUCUGUCUCCGGUCCUGCAAUUGGUCCGUGUAUCGGAGGCCUCAUCGUCACUUUCUCCAGCUGGCGCAAUAUCUACUGGCUCCAAGUCGGCAUGACGGGAUUCGGCCUGGUUCUAGCCAUCAUCUUCGUUCCCGAAAUCAAACAAGAAUCCAAAGAGGACCCCGAAGAAAAAGAGAAGAAGACUGUACUCUCCGCCCUACGCCUCUUCAACCCUCUCCGAAUUGUCAGACAAUGGGUCUAUCCCAACGUCUUCUUCUCCGACCUCACCUGUGGCCUCCUUGCCACAUUCCAAUACUCCCUCCUCACAUCUGCCCGCUCAAUCUUCAACCCCCGCUUCCACCUCACAACAGCCCUCAUCUCCGGCCUCUUCUACCUCGCCCCAGGAGCAGGCUUCCUGAUCGGCAGCAUCAUCGGCGGCAAACUCUCCGACCGUACCGUCCGCAAGUACAUCGCCCUUCGCGGCUUUCGAUUACCCCAAGACCGCCUCAACUCCGGCCUCGUCUCCCUGUUUGCCGUACUACCCGUUUCGGCGCUGAUCUACGGCUGGACCCUCCAGGAGGAGAAGGGCGGCAUGGUCGUGCCUAUUUUGGCAGCGUUUUUUGCGGGCUGGGGACUUAUGGGCAGUUUUAAUACAUUGAAUACUUAUGUUGCUGGUGAGUUUUGCUUUCCUUCCUUCCUUACUUUCAAUAUGUCUUUUCUUUUGUGUACAAAGGGUGUUGUGUGCCUGCUAAUGCGUGAUAUAGAGGCUCUGCCACAUAAGCGCUCCGAAGUCAUUGCUGGAAAGUAUAUCAUCCAGUAUAUCUUUUCGGCGGGGAGUAGUGCACUUGUGGUUCCUAUUAUUAAUGCAAUUGGCGUUGGGUGGACUUUUACUAUUUGUGUGAUCUUUUCCAUCAUAGGUGGUCUGUUAACAAUGGCUACCUCGCGAUGGGGCCUUGAUAUGCAACAUUGGGCGGAGAGGAAGUUCCGCAUUCAUGAUAAACCUGGGUUUUGAUUCGGUUGAUCUUAUGAUUAUGGUUAUGGAUUUGAAUAUGGUUACGAUAAAGCAUUUUGCUUUUUUUUUAGACACUAGCGAUGAGAUAGAUCUAAAAGUAUAGAGAUAAAACUUAAUAGACUGACAAAUUUCUUGUUUCUUUUACAACCCAUGGCACGUGUACAGAUUCUCAUCGUUCAUGAAUGUAUCGACUGGAUGUAACAAUCCCAGGUCGAAGUCCGAUUGAGCCAGGAAGUCCUGCAUAGUUGGUUCGAGGAACGCCAUUGCAGUUGUGAUUCCGC